UGUCAAACAAAAGUCAACUGUCAAAUAAUUGACUGAUUAUCGCGACAAUCGACAUGUAAACAAUUAAUAAAAAAAUAAAUAUUAUAGAAAAAACAUUAAAUAAUCGUCAAAAACUAAAGAAAAACAAGGAAUAUUGUCCCUCAUCCACCAAGAUGACGAAACUAAAGAAUACAGAAGCCGAACGGUUAAAUCCUUGUCUUAAGGAGCAAGAAAUGUCUUAUCAAUGCCUAAACAAGAACGGGUAUGACCAAUCCAAAUGUGAAGAGUAUUUUGAUAACUACAAUACAUGUAAAAAGUUUUGGGGUAAGGUAUACAAGGAUAGGAAAGCUAAGGGAUUAUAUCCAUACAUGCCGGAAGUUGAAGACAGGCCUAAAAUAAAGGAGGAAUAUUUUCAAUAUGUUAAAACCCAACUAUCUUAAAUAAAUUUUACAAAUAUUAGUUUUAGAACAAACUGUAUAAAGAUUGUCAUGAUUUUAAAAAGAAAAGAAAGGGGAAUAUUGUCAACAGAUUUCAGAAUUUUGCAUGUUAACUCGUCAAGUACCGUCAUUAUAGACACAAUUAUAGAACAAUAGGUUGCAGUCACCGGUGACCGUUUGGUGUUUGACAGUUUAAAGAUACACUAGUUAAGUGCCCAUAAUGUCGCAUCAUACUUUUAAAAAACAGUCACAGCUACAUUAGCACAAUGUUGCUCCAUAGAGACAUAUUUUAUUAGGCAAAGACCAUCACUUUACAGCCUGUCAAAAUAUAAUAAUGUUGUCCAGGUUCAGUUUACCUAAUCUUUCUCUGGUUUGGGCAAUUUUCUGCCAUUUUGUGCAAUAAAAUAUAACUAUAAAAUAAUGAUAACUAUGAAUCGUUCAACAAUACUAAUAGAAAUUGGUUUUAUAUCUUUUUAUUGUUUCUGCAUUUUAAUUGACUUGUUCCCCGGUGGCAGGAAGGAAUUUUGCUUUUAUUUGUUGCUGGUAAUACUAUUUAACCUUAACACGGUGUGAAGACAGAGUAAUAUAUUUAUUUACAAUAAAUACAUAUAUGGCCAUUUUA